AUGUUAUAUAAGGCCCCAUAUUUUGCAUGUCAUACGGACACUUCUAACCCUUCGAAAGAAGUCAACGAGAAACUGAAUAGUAGCUACCCGUGCGCAGAACGGAAAACCUCAGGUAUUUGUGUCGGGGUGAAAGGCGGAUUGGUCUGCGAUGAUUUACUGGGGGAGGAUGUUUACUGGUUACGGAAUGUGAUACUGGAAAAAGCGGGACGCAUUAUGGGUUCAAGUUGGAUCAAUAUGGAAUGGAUCGGGUUCGCGAACUGGUCUGUGACCUGCAAACCAUUUAAUUCGGGAAUUGUUGUUCAUCUGAUUAAACAUAACAAUGAUAUGUACAAUAUUAGGGUGAUAUCAUCUGUCAACUUUGACGCCGAAAAUCAAGAAGUGGUGGAAAAAUGGUUAAAAUAUGGAUACAAAAGGAUGAACAAGUAG